CCUACAUGCAAGCAAAACACCAAUGUACAUAAAAAUAAAUAAAUUGUAAAAAAUAAAGUGAAUUUAUAAACAUACCUGGAAGAACACAGGAACCUUUGUGGAGGAGGAAAUGUUUGACAAGACGUGAACUGGGCUGGGAGGAUAGCCCGGUGGGUGAGCACGUGCCUGACAAGGGCCAGACUCGGGGUUAGAGACACAACGUGCGGGGAGCAUUGGAAGGAUGAGCAGCGUCUUAAAAUUCUUUCUUUCUUUAUAGUUUGGUACUCCUUCCUCCCCUUCCCUUAGGGCUUGGUACUUUUGGUUCAGCUUUAUCAUUUUCCCACAAGGCUUUGAUUACUGGAAAGCCAAGUUCAAAUUAAUGUUUGCUGGCUUUACAGUGAAUCGAUCUAAACAUUUUGGUGACUUCCUCGGGCACGAUGUUGGAAACUGAUUUUUCUCCUGUUUCCAUAUACAAAACAUCUGUUGCUGUGUAUUCACUCCGUGAAGGCGUCUUACGAGUUUAGUGAAGAGCCUCCUGUGUGGAGGACCGUCCUGACCACUGGACAUUGCUAGCAUACUUGUUACAUGUUGCUAAUCUCUCCAAGCCAAGGCACGGAGGAUUUAGAACCACUCGUCACUGGGGGAGCUGGAGGUGACCAGGAGGCAUGGAUAGUGACUAAAAAGGGGGAUGCGGAAAGAUGUUUCCUGGAGAGAAUGGAAAGUUUACAGAUAGAUGUACUUUGUUCACAUGAGAGUCUUAUUUGUGAGGCACCCUGGUACCAAACUGAGGAGUCCUUUUCAUCUACCAUUUAUGUUAGCUGUGAACUGGGGAAGCAGAGAUGCAGCCUGCCCUAAGGGAAUGAAAGCCCUGAUUCUCUUUGAGUUUUGUUACCUUAAUGUCAACUAAAUUCCCAUUAGCAACAUGUAGGGAGAUAUGAAGAGUUGUCCUCUCCCAAAUGAUUACAGCCCAGUAAUAGUAAAAAUAAUAAUAAAAAGAGAAAUUGUCUUUUUAAAGUUGAGAAAAUCUGACUCAAUAAUCAAUUAUAUACAAAUUGAAAACAAGCAAAAGCUAUGUUCGCUAUAUUUCUACACCAUUAGCUGAAUGUUAAUUUAUUGGCAUCUAUCAGAAACCAUCUGCUAUUUAUUUUAUAGAGGUCCCAGUAUCAUAAGAAUUAAGAGUUGGAAAAGCCUUGAAGGGCUUGUAUUCAGCUUCCUCCUUGUUCCACCACUGAGGAAAUCGUGGCCCAGCUCAGAGAGGCUGGGCUCAGUUGUUCUGUCAAACCUCUCUAAUGAGAUUUUGGAGAGCAUUUUUCAUGAUGGUGAUUUGAAGAGACCUGUAGUACCUUUCGAUUGUCCUGUGCAUUAAUUGAAUCCUAACACCCACCUUCUCUUCCCACAUUCACACAUUUAAGUUAGAAGCUACAAACCAAAGCAGUUUCUCUCCUAUGAGAGUCCUUUCGGCGAUACUGAAACGAUUGGACUGUCCCGCGAGUUUCAAGGUGCUAAGCUAAAGUGGAAUCAUCUAGGCCGAGAACUGUUAAAUAAGGACACAGCUGUCAUCCUCAGCACAGAUACACAGUUACCAAGACUCAGGUAGUAUUUGGACCCAAAGCCAAGAGGUCUACAAGUACCACAGCAGGAAAGGAGGAACACAGGCUUUCAAGCCUUCUUGGCGAUUCCGAAGAAGCCACUCCCUGAUGGGCAGGAAGGCCAUUUAAACUCCCUUUGGAAGCGACGAUGGAUGCUCGGUGGAUCGGUGGAUGAGGGAGGGCAGGCGGCCACAACCCGCCCGAUCCUCCCUGGCGCCCAUCGCGCCCGCCCGGGUGCACGUCCUGCAGGGAGGCCCCUGCACGCGCCCGCGGUGACAGACAGGGGACUCGGCAGCCUCGCGAGUAGACCCCGCCCCAGCUCCUGCCCGCGCCUAUCGCGGCCGGCGCGCUGGUCACGCGGGGGAGCGCCGGGGGCUGGCGGCCAGUGCCGGCGGGGCCCGAGUGGCGGCGGCCGGGCGGAGCGGGAGGAGGUUAGAAAUAGGGAGAGCGGGCCGCGCCGCCGAGCCGCCAGCCCCGAGCACGCUGCGCAGCGAGCGGCCGCACUCGCACCCGCACCGAUGCUGCUGACGCUGGCCAGCGGCGCGCUCUUCUUCCCGGGGCUCUUCGCGCUCAGCACCUGGGCGCUGCGCCGCUCGCGGCCGGGAUGGACGGACAACGACUGCCUGACGGUCGGCACCAGGCUGGUGUCCUCGGUGCAAGCAGUGCUGGCCACCUGGGCGGGGCUCAUCAUCAUCUGCUCCUGCAGCGACGUGGUCACAGACAGAUGCCGCGCUUGCUUUUCCUUUGCUCAAGAUAAUGAAGAGGUUUCUGGUGCCUUCAGAAAACGGACACGUUUGUGCCCAAAGUCAGGCCAGAAAAUGGAUGUCUGUGACGCUUCAGUGAGACGAAUAAAGACCAGAAGGGGCCAUCCUAUUUAAACCUGGGGAGUGGUGUUGCUUUUGUUUUAUCUGUAGACCUGACCGGCUUGGAACUUGUAGCCCUCCUCCUCCAUCUGUCUCCCCAGGGCGGAAUAGCAGAUACGUGCCACCACAUCAGGAUGUUUGUAUUUAUUUAUCUGUCUUCCCGCUUGGCUCUUUGAACCACUCUUUUCUCUUCCGAGAAGCUCAAGGGUGACAGGCAGGUGUCCAGGGAAAGUUGGGUGGCCUUUCCCGAUUUUCCACCCUGCAGUGUGCCUGUUUCCCUGCUGGAAGAGGAACCAGAAAGAGACUCUCUCACGGUGGCCUGGGAUCUUCCUGCAGUUUGAUCUUGCUGGCACCAUUUCAUAUUUUUCCUCUUAUGUCUCUUCUUCUUUCUGAAGCAGUGUCUCAUUUAGUUUGGACUGGCCUCGGCUCACGGAGAUCCGCCUGCCUCUGCUUCCUCGGUGCGGGACUGAAGGUGUGGGCCGCCAUGCCUGCUCUUGGUGGUCGCUCUACCUGAAACGGCUCUGAGAAGCAGUGAGUCUGUUGACAGGCAUUAGAACAGGUCUUAGAUCUUUGGGCCCUGAGAAACGCUGGCUAAUCAGUUUGCCUACAAGUGACAUUAUUAUUUAUGUGCCAUUAUUAUUUCCCUCUAUUCCAUUCUUUUUUGAUUGAGCUGAGCUGUGAUAAAUGUGGAGCUAAUUCAGGAACAGAAUUAGUACCCUCUCUAGCUUGGCACCCUCACAUGGCACCCUCUCUAGCUUCCCGGUGUGGCAGUUCAGUGGACUGGCUCCUUGGGAAGUCACCUGAGACAAGGUGAAACAUACAGAUUGGAUCCUAGACAUGGGUUUAGACUCUCUGGGGAACAGAGUGUUCACAAGCACUUCAGGUGACCUGAUGGUUAGGUAGUUUGAGAACUGUAUACUGAGUUUCCUCUUCUAACACAGUUGCUCAAAAAUUUACUAAAGAAUGGCCGGGAGAUGGUGGGGCACACCUUUAAUCCCAGCACUCGGGAGGCAGAGGCAGGAG